CCCUCUCCAUCUCUCACGGCCUCUGUCUUUCUGCCUGUCUCCUCCGGGGCCAGCACCUCUUCUGUUCUGUCCCUCCCACGGCUGCCCACCCCUCUAGGCGAAGAUGUCGGCCCAGGACAGCUGCCUCAGCCUCAUCAAGUACCUCCUCUUCGUUUUCAACCUCUUCUUCUUCGUCCUAGGCAGCCUUAUCUUCUGCUUUGGCAUCUGGAUACUCAUUGACAAGACCAGCUUCGUGUCCUUUGUAGGCUUGUCCUUCGUGCCCCUGCAGAUCUGGUCCAAAGCCCUGGCCACCUCAGGAAUUCUCACCAUGGGCCUUGCCCUCCUGGGCUGUGUGGGGGCCCUGAAGGAGCUCCGCUGCCUCCUGGGCCUGUAUUUUGGGAUACUGCUGCUCCUGUUUGCCACGCAGAUCACCCUGGGAAUCCUCAUCUCCACUCAGCGGAUGCGGCUGGAACGGAGGGUGAAGGACAUCGUGAUGGAGACAAUCCAAAACUACCGCUCGCGUCCGGAGGAGUCGGUGGCGGAGGAGAGUUGGGACUACGUGCAGUUCCAGCUGCGCUGCUGCGGCUGGAACUCUCCUCGGGACUGGUUCAAUAUCCCCAGCCUCAUCAGCAACGAGUCGGAGGUGCAUCGCGUGCCCUGCUCCUGCUAUAAUUCAUCAGCGACCAAUGACUCCGCAGUCUUCGAUAAGCUCUCCUUCACCCAGUUCAGCCGGCUCGGACCAGUGGCGCGGCCCCGGCACAGUACAGACCUUUGCGUGGUUCCUGCAAACAGCAAUAUCUACAGCGAGGGCUGCGCGCGGAGCCUCCAAAAGUGGUUGCACAACAACCUCAUCUCCAUAGUGGGCAUUUGUCUGGGCGUCGGUCUGCUUGAGCUCAGCUUCAUGACGCUCUCGAUAUUCCUGUGCAGAAACCUGGAUCAAGUCUACGACCGGCUCGCUCGGUACCGCUAGGCCCCCGUCCCUUCCCAAAGCCCCGCCCCAUCCCCUUCAAGUGCCCUAGGGGCUUCCCUGUGGUCUGUAAAUAUUUGUUCAAUCCCCAGUUCGCCCCAACCAUUGAGUCCUCCACCUCCUCAUUUCCCCGGGGGACCCAGAUGUCUGCCUGCCCAGCUGCUGUCACUUCUCCCGCGGGACCUGGGGCUUCCGGCCACCAACUUCCUGCCCCCAAAGAUACCUCGUUUCCUUGCCUCAUCUUUCGGCUUACCACCUCCCACAGGAUUAUUUUCGCCCAAACCCCAAAUAAAUCCCCUGCGUUUUG